UGGUGAAUGAACUGUCAGCGCUUCUCAAAAGCUGGCGAGCUCUGGGGACCUUACGGAAGUAACAGGAGAGGGAAGGGAAGUUUUACUCGGUGCCCCAGAGCAGCCGGAAGCGUCAAAACUCAGCCGCUUUACCAGCGGGGAGAGAGACAUCCCAUCCUACCGGACCAUGGAGAUGGGAAGCCUGCUGUUACUGCUGCUCUGGGCACUGCCUCAAUCCGGGACGGUGAAGGGGGAAGUGGUCCGGGAUUUUAAGGAAUGCAGCUGGUUCUUCCAGAACAAGAAACCUCCGCAGGGAUUCCCAGUGCGGGGCCGGUUCAGAAUCUGCCAGCGGUAUAAGAACCAUUACCACUUUGCCACUCUGUACAACAGCGGGCUGCGGGUCCCAGUCUACUCCGCCUACAGAUACCCCUGCAGUAUGGGCCAGAGUGCGGGCUACAGACCCAGCCCCUGGUUCUACGAGCCGCAGAUUGAUGAUCAAAACGCCCCUGGCACGAUGAGGAGUAGUAGUGCAGAUUUCAGUGAGAGACAGGCGGUGGAUGAGGAUUACCAGGACUCUGGCUAUGACAGGGGUCACCUCUACCCCUUUGCACUGAAUGAGAAGGAGAGUGCCACAGCUACCUGUACCCUCACCAACGCAGUCCCUGAGGAACAUGCAGCCAAUGUUAACUGGUACCAGGAAGCAGAGUCCGUUGCCGAGAAGUUGGCAUGGAUAUGCCACAAGUCUGGCCGGUCAAUGUAUCUCAUGACAGGCGCUGCUAACCCCACAAAGACCAAAAUGAAAAACAGGGUGUCAGUCCCUGGCCUGGUCUGGACAGCUCUUUGCUGCACCUACUCACGGGACCAGAAUAACGAUCCCUGUCUCUACAAUAAUGCAGGAUUAGAGGGGCAGAAUGUGCUAAGAUACAACAGAGACUUUUCCUUUGCCUUCAUGAAGCAAAUGAAACCAGAACGGAAAACAACACACGUGACUGUGAGGCAACUGCAGAAGAAACUGCGAGUCAGCCAGCUGUUUGAUAACUGCAGGGGGAUGAACAAAAAUGAGGAAGAGGAAAUCUUCAGAGAGGUGGAAGGGUUGAUUCAGGGUAAAAUCAUCAAUCCUGCAAACAGAGGAAGUUCCCCGUUGCGACCACUGGGUUAUGAAGUAUGUGUGGGAAUCUUCCAAUUCAUCCACCACAAGCUCCUGGCUCCUGGCCAAUCCGUGGUUCGAGUGGUGUUGGAGAUCACAAUGGAGAUUGCCACAACCAUCGCUCCCAUCUUCCAUGGCAUCCUUACCAUUGUAGGAGUUCUUGCCAUCAAUGUGUUUGGCAUCCUCAUCAACAAUAAUUCUGGUUACUCUGCCAACCUUAAUUGACAAUAGGCUUGCCUACCUCUGCCUCACUAAGACAUUGCACCUCCUUUAGCAAAGCUGCUGUCGGUGGGGCGCUAAUAAUGACCAGAAACCUCAGGAAUAUGAUUUUUCUCAGGUGGCACUAAUUAUUACGUGGUCAGCAAGCCUUUAUAGGCCCUCUGAAUUUUUAAUGCCUUCAAGGGGCAAAACCCUUUGUUAAUUCAGAAGGACCAAGUGAUGCCAGUGGUGUAAACCACCAGAGUUCCUUUUCACAGUAAUACUAUAGUUUGAUCUUCAGCUAACUACUGACUCAGGGAUUUCUGUUCUUGGGCAAACUUUCAAGGAAAUUAAAAUCCCAGUCCUCCCAACCAGUCCAGGACUCGAGGGUUUUGAGUUGACAAAACUACCAAAUUCUAAGGGAAUCUUUAGACAAUUUGUUUGCUAGCCUUUGUAAGGUGUGAAGAGGUAAGUUUGCCACAGUCCCACUCCCUUAUUAAAGAGAGACAACUGAUGGUGAGUUUAACCAGGCCAGAGGCAAGGUUGAGAAGAUAGAACGUUCAUGGUGACUUCAGCCAGUACAAUAAUUGAACAGACGCUGUUAGCUUUAUUACAAACCAACCAUCCAGCCAACUGAGCUAACCAAACAGGGUUGGGUGAGGGAAUCCAGCUGUCAGGCCAAUGAACAUCUGAUCAAAGGAUCGCCACCUUUACCUUCAGUAUUAGAUUUUUCGCUGUGGACAGAUUGCCAGUUUCUAUGGAGGGCUUUAGAACAUAGAACAUAGAACAUAGAAAAAUACAGCGCAGUACAGGCCCUUUGGCCCUCGAUGUUGCGCCGAUC